AUGGCGCCCAAGAUCCUUGCAGAGACAGCCAUGGGCCGGUAUGUGCGCGCGAUUCGUGCCUCGCCAAGGGCACUUAUCGCCAACCCACGCCUCCUUACCACCGCCGCCCUCUAUGCAAUGACUGGCAUCCCGUUAUGCUGGGACCAGGGUUCGUCAGCGACGAUACCGUCUCUGCCAGGCUUUCAGCGCGACUUUGGCUUCUCCUCUGCCACCAAUGCGCAGCAAGUCUCCAACUUCGUAUCCAUCGUCUACAUCGGCUGCGGCGUCGGUUCGAUACUAUCUUUCUUCAUCAAUGACCGGGUCGGUCGCCUCUGGUCAAUGCGACUAUACUCGUUCGUCUGGAUCAUCGGACAACUCAUCGCGACCGGAAGCAGCGGUCACCUUGGUGCUUUGUACGCGUCACGCAUUAUAGCCGGCUUAGGUAUCGGAGGUUGCUGCGUCACUGGUCCUGUCAGCCUAGUCGAAAUUGCUCCUACGGAGAUCCGUGGUCUGAUCGCGGCUUGGUUCACUGUGACACUGCUCCUGAGCUUGUUCGUGGCCACCUUCUGCACCUAUGGAGUCUUUCUGCACAUCCCCACGGGCUCACUGCAAUACCAGGUCGUCUUCUUUGGACCAUGCAUAUUCAUGGCACUCGUGAUUCUGGUCAGCUUCUUCUGCUACGAAUCGCCAAGAUGGCUCUUCCUGGUUGGCCGCAACGCGGACGCUGAGCGAACACUUGUCGCACUUCGAGGACUUGGCUCAGAUCAUCCUCGUGUGGCAAGCGAGCUAGAGGCGAUUCGUACCGAGAUCGCGAACGAGCAGGAACACUUUGGCAAAGGUGUCAAGACUUAUUCGUGGACGGGUCUAAAGGCUGUCUGCAAGGAGACCUUCUUAGUAAAGAAGAAUCUCCGCCGUGCGCAGCAAGCCAUGAUCUGUUACGCUCUCGCCCAACUAUCCGGUGCCAACAGUGUCACGACCUAUUUUGUCCCUAUCCUGAAGAUCAUUGGGGCAGCAGGCAACAGCAAGACCGAGUCGCUCUUCCUCGCUGGCAUGUAUAGCUUUGCCAAGUUCUGCUUCACGAUCAUGGCCAGCUUCUUCUUUAUUGACGCUCUUGGCCGUCGUAAAAGCCUGUUCAUUGGCAUCACCAUCCAGAUGAUCUCGGACAUCUACCUGGGUGUGUUCAUCAAGUAUAGGCAGUUAGGCGACGUCUCGCACAGUGCUUCACAAGCAGCCAUUGCAAUGAUCUUCUUCCACGGAUUUGGCUACGCAAUCGGCCUCCUUGUUCUACCCUAUGUCUUCGGCGCUGAAGUCUGGCCGAACCAGAUUCGAUCCUUCGGCUCGGCUCUCUGCAACGCUUGGCAUUGGUUCUUCUUCUUCGGCGUCAACAAAGGCGUGCCUUCAUUGCUUGCAAGGACGAACAAUUGGGGAGCUUUCCUCUUCUUUGCCGGCUGGUGCUUCAUAGCGUGGGUCUACGUUUACCUGACGGUGCCGGAGCUCGCAGGCGAAAACCUUGAGGACUUCGACGCAUUGUACGAAGGACCUUGGUAUACUGCAUUCCGCCGCAGUACAAAGUCAAUGCCUGUUAGCGCGGAAAACGUGAUUGAGGGGCAGCCAGUGCGAAAGGAGCAUAGCGACAUUGCGAUGGACACGAAAACAGCGCAGUCUACGGCUGUAAGCCUCUAG